AUGGGCACGUUCCUUGGCUCGGCCGUGAUGGACCUGCUGCGGCUUUCGCCGCGACGUACGCUGGCGAUCGCACGACUGGCGGUGCUCGAAUCGGUCCGCCGGAUGGUGCUGGCCGUAUUUGUGGUGUUCCUGAUCAUCUUGCUGUUUGCCGGAUGGUAUCUCGACCCCACGUCAAACAACCCGGCCCAGCUUUACUUGAGCUUCGUGCUCUCGACCACCAGUUACCUGGUGCUGUUGUUAGCGCUGUUCUUGUCGGUGUUCAGUCUGCCGAACGAUAUUCGCCAUAAGACGAUUUACACGGUGGUGACCAAACCGGUUCGGCCGAGUGAGAUUGUGUUGGGGCGAAUUCUUGGGUUCGCUGCCAUUGGUACCGUGUUGCUCUUUGCCACGGGGCUGGUGAGCUACGUGUUCGUGGUUCGAGGGUUGAAUCACACUCACGAGAUAGAAGAGUUGAGGCCGGUGGCAUCGGCUAGCUCGGAGAACCCAUCAGACGACGAAGGACUCACUCGCACCACGCAAGUGCAGAACCACCGUCAUCAGUACCGCGAAGGCGACGGGCGCACCUCGACCGAUCAGGGUCACUGGCACCCGGUGACCAAGCGAGAUGACGGUACUUACGAAGUUGGUGGAGUCGAAGGUUUAUUGCAGGCCAGGGUGCCGGUAGUGGGGGAUUUGAUCUUCCUCGACCGCGCAGGCCGACUGGCGGAAAAGGGCGUGUCGGUGGGGCAAGAGUCGCGGUAUCGAUCGUGGAUCGAAGGCGGUACUCAGGCAGCGGCUAUCUGGGAAUUCGACGGCGUAACGCCGGAGGCUUAUCCCAACGGGUUGCCCUUGGAAUUGAACCUGGGUGUGUUUCGUACGCAUCAGGGCGACAAGGGCGAACGCGGUAUUUUGGGAAGUAUCAUUCUCCGCAACCCAGACGACCCCGAGAUUGCCACUUCGCCGCGGAACUUCAUUGCCCAAGAGUAUCGUUCUGACCUGAAGCUGAUGAACCGCGAGCUUUCCGGCGAGAAUGGCGAAACGCUCGACCUGUUCGAAGACCUCGCCCCCGAUGGACGCCUGGAAGUGAUGAUCGUGUGCCUCGAGCCGGGUCAGUACUACGGUGUGGCUCCGACCGACGUUUACAUUCGAGCCCGCGAUGCGUCAUUCUUCGGCAACUUCAUGAAGGGCUUCAUCGGCAUCUGGUUCCAGAUGCUCAUCAUCACAACCAUCGGCGUGAUGCUCAGCACGUUCCUCAACUCGGCGGUGGCCAUGCUCGGCACGCUGGUGUUGAUCAUCUUCGGAUUCACGCGAGGCUUCAUCUCCGACGUGGCAUCCGACCGGGUGUUGGGCGGUGGGCCAAUCGAGUCGCUGAUCCGCCUGGUUACGCAAUCGAACGUGAGCACCCCGCUGGAAGCCGGACUUGGCGGCGACGUGGCGACCACGAUCGACGACAUGUAUCAGAACGUGAUGAGCGGGGUGAUCUACCUGAUUCCCGGCCUCGACGAGCUGAGCGAUUCGAAUCAGGUGGCCAACGGGUUCAACAUCCCUUGGAAUGAAGUCUUCAUUCACGGCUUCACAGCUCUUGGAUUCAUACUUCCCGUCUUUGUGGCGGGCUAUUUGUUCCUCAAAAUGCGUGAGGUGGCCAAAUGUUCAGCCGAGCGGCCGGGCUCUUCUGGCGGGUUGCUUUCGCAAUGGCGCAACGAGCAAGGCUUGAGCCAGGCCAACCUCGGCGAGUUGGACCCCACGACCGAAGCGUUGAAGCUGGCCGCAUUAGGCAUGCGCGGGGUGGCUUCGACCAUUCUGUGGCAACGGGCCCAAAACUAUCAGCGCGAACAAGACUGGACCGCGCUGUCGGCCGUGAACGAACAGAUCACGAAACUGCAGCCGCACUUCGUGGCCGCCUGGCGGAACCAGGCCUGGAACCUGGCAUACAACGUUUCGAUUGAAUGGGACAACUACCGCGAUCGGUACUUCUGGAUCAUCAAGGGCAUCAACUUCGCCAAAGAUGGGGUCCGGUACAACGAUCGUUCGCCGCUGAUGCGAUGGGAAACCGGCUGGAUGAUCUCCCAAAAGAUUGGUCGUUCUGACGAGCACAAGCUGUUCCGCGAGCUGUUCCGUAACGACGACGACUUCCAUGGCGGCAAACGCACCGGCGAAGAACGAGACAACUGGCUCGUUGGCGGUGAGUGGUUCGCAUCGGCCCAAGACCUGGUCGAUAACCAGAACGUGCCACUGCGAGGGAAGAACCCGGUGGUUUUCCAUACUCAUCCGGCCAUGGCCAAGAUCAAUUACGCUGCGGCAAUCGAAGAAGAAGGCACCUUCGGCGAAGUGGCCCAAGUGGCGUGGAACCGUGCUCAGCAAGCGUGGAAAGAAUACGGCGAGCGUGAGUUUGAACUCUAUGGCACCAAGGUAAGGCUGGAAGAUCUCGACCUUUACUUGAAGCUAUACCGUGAGAAGGCCGGCGCGAUCGAGGCCAUGUACCCCGGACUGCAGCAGCAGAUUCUGCAACUGAAGCUGGAUAAUCUCCCCGAGGAGGAUAAGGCCCUGCUGAAGAAGCCUCGUAGUGAGCUUACCGAAGACGACAUCAAGCGACUUCGCGCUUUGCAGCCGCAGCUUACGGUCGACCUGAUGGAAGUGGCUGACAACAUUCCGGUUGAGAACCGCGAUGAGGCUCGAGCCCUGGCCAGCGAAGCGAUGAACUAUCUGAGCAAGCUCGAAUUGAUCGACACCUUGCAGAACGAAGUGAACUACCGCUACUGGAAGGUGCGUUGCGAAGCCGAACGAACCGACGAUGCCUUGGCCGCUCGGCGACUGACCUACGAAGGCGACCUGGCUUACAACGAAGGGGCCGAUCUACAGACCGCGCGGGAGAAAUACGAAGCAGGCCUCGAGCACUGGCGGAAAGUGUUCGAUCAAUUCCCGGUGCUGCUUGAUGACGGAAUUACCGGCGACGAGUUGCUGGCGGUCAUCGAUCGCUAUCGGGAAAUCCUGCGGAAAUCGGACGAGCCGUUCCCGCAGCCGUUCGUUCUGGAAGACUUGCUGAAGGCCCACUACAUUCCGACUCCGCCACCCUCGGUGAGAUCCGCCGACCACGCGACAUCCCAGCGUCGCACCCCACCUACCCACUCGCCACGCCAACCUAUCGGGAUACCCACCAUGCCCGAGAUGACAGCCUGUCGCUUCAACACGCUGCGCGGUCUUCACACUUUGAUUGCCUGCGUUUUGGCUGUGUUCGCACUGCCGUCCUCGUCAUUCGCGGCCGAGUUAUCGCUGCCCGAGCAGAUCGAUCAGGCGAUUGAAGCCCCCCUGGAAAUUCCAACCGCCGCGCAGUGCGACGAUGCCGAGUUUGUGCGGAGGAUUUAUAUCGACCUGACCGGCGUGAUUCCUUCGGCCGAACAGACGCGAGCGUUCCUGGACGACACUUCGCCGGAAAAGCGGGCGGUCCUGGUCGAUCAACUUUUGGAUAGCCCCGAGUUCGCGCGACGGAUGCAGACUUGGUUCGACGUGAUGGUGAUGGAACGUCGCCGCGACACGCACAUUCCAUCGCCCGAGUGGCAAGCCUAUUUGCAGAAGGCUUUUCUCGAGAAUCGUCCGUACGACGAGCUGGUGCGUGAGAUACUUGCCGCCGAUGGAACCGACCCCGCGACACGCCCGGCGGCGAAGUUCUUUCUCGAUCGCGAAGGCGACGUGGACCUGCUCACCCGCGAUAUCGGGCGACUGUUUCUGGGCCGGGACAUGGAGUGUUGCCAGUGCCACGACCAUCCGUUGAUUGGUGAUUACCAGCAGCAGCACUACUACGGGCUCGUGGCGUUCUUGAACCGGAGCGUCGUGUUCACCGACAAAAGCAAAAAAACCUACGUCGGCGAGAAGGGCGUGUCCGACGUGCAGACGUUCAAGUCGGUGUUUUAUCCCGACGAAACGAGUGAGACGGCCCCGCGGGUUUUAGAUGGGGAAGCGAUUGAAGAGCCGCAGUUUCCAGAAGGGCAAGAACAUCUGGUAGCUCCGGCCGAUGGAGUUCGACCAGUGCCGAAAUUCAGCCGUCGCGAACAGAUGGCCUUGGCCGUGACGGACGCAGACAACCGUGCUUUCGCCACGAAUACUGCCAACCGGCUAUGGGCGCUGAUGCUGGGACGAGGGCUGGUCGAACCGUUGGACCUGCACCACAGCGACAACCCACCUUCGCAUCCCGAGUUGCUCGAGACGCUAGCUACGGCACUGACUGAAGCCGACUUCGACAUCAAGUCGCUUCUGCGCGCGAUCGCCCUCAGCGACACCUACCAGCGUUCGAGCUUGAUGCCCGAGGGCUUAGCGGAAGAGGAUGUUCCGCCGGAGAGUUUCGCCGUGGCGCCGGUGCGGCCUUUGGGACCGGAGCAACUUUGCUUCAGCUUGUUGCAAGCCCUGGGGCUGGCCGAGCGACAACGGGCGGCGGCCGAGAAGGAAUUUACGACGGGUGACCCUCGGCUGAAUGAAUUACUCUCAGUCGAUCCGGCUCGCGAGGAAUUGCGAGAGCAGUUGAAAGAACAAGCGGCCUACGAUCGACUGAAAGGCAACCUUGGAAACUUCGUGAAGCUCUUCGGCGGCCCGCCAGGCAGCCCGCAGACGGCGACCGAGCCGACGGUGCAUCAGGCGCUGUUUCUCGCCAAUGGGGCAAACACUAAUAGCUGGCUCGAAGCCGGCAAAGGUGGUUUGGUGCAGCAGUUGAACGAAAUCAGCGAUCCGGGCGCGGUGGCGGAAGCUCUUUACAUCAGCGUUCUCUCGCGAAGACCCAGCGACAUCGAGCGUGGCGAAGUUGCCGGCUACCUAGUAGCAAGGGCCGACGCCCGCGAGGCGGCCCUGCAGGAGAUGGCCUGGGCGCUUUGCAUGUCGGCCGAGCGCCAGUUUCUCGGCGGGAUGGCGGGCGGGCUGGGGGCGUUAGCCGGUGGCUUUGGUGGUGCGCUGAGUUCGGCUGCGGCCGCUGAGGUCGAGAAGCAGCAGAAGCGCGUGCUGGUGUUUGAUCUGUCCGGCGGCGUGAGCCAGCUUGAAACGUGGGACCCCAAGCCGGGCACUGACACGGGCGGGCCCUUCCGCGCGAUUCCAACAUCAGUCCCCGGCACGCACGUUUGUGAGCUGCUGCCGUACACGGCCAAGCAGAUGCACCACCUAACGGUCGUGCGGGGUGUGAAUACGGCCGAAAACGAUCAUGGUAAGGGUCGCUACUUCAUGCAGACGGGCCGCCGACAGUCGGCCGCCGGCGAGUUCCCCCACCUUGGUUCGCUGGUGGCCAAAAUGGUGGCUCCGGAAGAUUCAGCACUACCGGGCUUCAUCAACAUCACUCCUGGCGGUGGUGGCAGUGUGGGCUCUAGCGAAGCCGCGUUUCUGGGGGCCCGGUAUGCGUCGGUCACACUCGGCAACGGGAAGCCGCCGCAGAACACGGUCCGCCCUGAGUCGGUUUCUGAGUCUUCAGAGCAGGCCCGCAAUGCGUUUUUCCAUCAUGCCAACAACCGAUUUGCCCAAGGGCGACGCACAGCCAGGACCGAGGCUUACACUUCCACGUACGAUCAAGCCGCCGCGUUGAUGCAGCAGCGGGAUGUGUUCGAUGUGACCAAAGAGCCGCAGGCCGAUCAGGACCGUUACGGCGAACACGACUUCGGACGUCAAUGUUUGUUGGCUCGACGGUUGCUGGAAAAUGGUGUGACGUUCGUCAAGGUUUCGCAUUCGAACUACGACACGCAUCACGAGAACUUCAACUUCCAUAUCGAACAACUCGGCGAGUUCGAUAAGGCCUUCGCGACCACGAUCAGCGACUUGGCGGAACGGGGAAUGUUGGAGAGCACCCUGAUUGUGGUGAUGUCGGAGUUUGGCCGUACACCAAAAAUUAAUUACCGCUACGGACGCGACCACUGGGGCAAGGCCUGGUCGGUAGCACUAGGUGGUUGUGGGAUUCAGCCGGGAGGCAUCGUGGGCAGCACCAACGACAAUGGUACCGAAGUGGUCGAUCGUGAAGUGCACGCCGGGCAUUUGUUCCACACCUACUUGCGUGCUCUCGGGUUGGACCCGAUGGAUCAGCUCUCGGUGAACGGUCGCGAAGUGCAGAUUGCAGACCCUUCGGCCGAGGCGAUUGAGAUCGUUCCGGCCGACGCCCAUCAAGUGGCCGAGUACAAGCACGCCAGUCCUUUGGUUUCGUGCGGCAUCGAUCCGCUGGGGCGAUUCGCCUUUGCCGGCGGACAGAUUCCGGCAGUGCAGCGGUGGUCGCUCGACAGCGAUGCUACCGCCACGUUCAAGGGCCACGACAGUUGGGUGUGGAGUCUCGCGUUCGAUCCCACGGGCACUGUCCUAGUGACCGCUGGAUACGAUGGACGUUUGAUUUGGUGGGAAACGGCCGCUGAGACGCCGGAGCCGAUUCGUAUUGUCGAUGCCCACGAUGGUUGGACGCGUGCGGCGGCCUUCUCGCCCGAUGGUGCCUUGGUGGCCAGUUGUGGGAACGACCACUUGGUGAAGUUGUGGAAUGCGGCCGACGGCUCGCUGGUGCGAACGCUCGAAGGCCACGAGUGCCAUGUGUACAACCUGGCAUUUACGCCCGACGGGAAGUUUCUCGUCUCGGGCGAUCUGAAGGGUCGCAUGCUUCAGUGGGAUUUGGCCGACGGGAAUAUGGUCCGCGAGUUGGAUGCUUCGGCCAUCUACAAGUACGACAAAGGCUUCAAGGCCGACAUCGGGGGAAUCCGCGGGAUUGCUUUCUCGCCCGAUGGAAAACAGUUGGCUUGUUGUGGGAUCACCAACGUCAGCAACGCGUUCGCCGGGGUGGGUAAUCCGGCGGUCGUGCGGUUCGAUUUCGAAAGCGGCGAGUCGAAGCUGUUGAAGAUCAAAGAAGACCUGCGGGCAACCACUUGGGCCGUGGCGUUCCAUCCCGACGGGUAUCUGAUUGGGGCCGCCAGUGGCAGCAGCGGUGGUUAUCUGGCCUUUUGGGACGGCGAGGGCGAGCACGAAAUGUUCAAGCACAAGUUGCCCAGCCGUGUACGAUCGAUGUCCCUGCAUCUUCCCACCAACCGCGUGGCGAUGGCCGGCGACGAUAGCCUCGUGCGGAUCUACAGCCUGGGGCCCAAACCGCCGGAAGCAAAGGAAAAAACCUCCGGCUGA